CCAUGCUUGAGCUAGCACUGCUGCAUGGACCAUUGAGAAUGGAGCUAUCGGCGAGUAAACAAGAUCAGCAAGAGAGACCCAGAGGGCCUCGGUGAGACCACCGGUCGCUCUUCUCCAUGUAGACCUAGGGCUGCCUUUGGGAAAGCUGAGGAGAUCACAGUGCUGGCCGCAUAGCUGGGUAGGGUCGUAGGUCAGUGGGUCUUGGAGGCCAUCAGCUUAGAUUACAACACCAGCAGGAAUCUCUUAGCUUGAACACCGUCUUUAACCUUUUCCCUUCAUCACAUCCUGCCGGUGCUCUUUUCGCCUUUUUUUUUUUGUUACCACCUCUUUGUGGGUUGCUUGCAGUUGCCGCUAUAAGAGGUCUGCUCGGCUCUCAUCUUAUUCCCCUGUCGUCCCCAUUUCGAAAGCCGGCGACUGGCGGUGUAGGAUCAUCAACGUUGCAUUACAACCGGUUUCUCUUCCAUGGAGAGCACGGAGCUGAAAGUGGAGAUGGUGGCGCUGCAUGAGAAGCGGGUACGGAAAUGCCUGUCCAAAGUGAAAGGCAUCGAGCGGGUGGAGGUGGAGGCGAGCCUCCAGAAGGUGGUGGUGACCGGGUGCGUGAACCGGAGCAAGAUCCUCAAGGCGCUCCGCCGGGUGGGGCUCCGCGCCGAGCCGUGGGCGCCGCACAACGAGCUGCUCAGCGCCUACGCCACCACCAGCCUCAUGUUCAACAACUCCUACAGCUUCUUCUGAACCGCCCGGAUCCGACGAUCCUUCUCGCUGUUGCCUUUUCGUUUCUUUCGUUCGUUCUCUGCUUGCUGGGGUUUGGGAACGGGAAGGCGUUCCGCAAUGUAUACAGAGAUGAGAUGGCAAUUUUUUUCCCUUUUCUUUUUGUUCUCUCAUUUGGGUACGGUGUUGAGUGGCGGAGACAGAGUGGUGGUGGCCGGCGGCGAGGCGGCAGGGAGAUGUAGAAUGUAAUGGUCUGCAGGCAAGGAAUCAAAAGCCGGUGCCUUGCAUGAUGAUGCGCGCA